CACAAACCACUUCUCCUUGUGGAGUUUCGUGAGGUUCCUCUCAGCCCACUUCUCCCUCCCAGUAUGGUCUCACUGGGUGGCUGCACCACCCUCUGGGUGAUCCCUCUGAUCUGCUGAUCCUCCCGCAGGGGUGUCACCUGCAAACCCACCCCGUCAUCGUUAAAAACCGAGGACCACCCAAGCUGCAGAGUGACAACCCCGCUCCUGCAAACAGCCUCAGGUCACCCAGGGAGGUGGUUAGAGAGACCCAGCAGCCACCUGGAGGUGGUCCUCCAUGGACCGGUUCUAGGUGGCCCUGCUUGAGGGUUGGACCGGGUGACUUCCAGAGGUCCCAUCCCGCCUCAGCCAGGCCCGUGAAAUGCUCACUGGGCAUCUUCAAGGUUUCUUUGGAGGCUUCACAAGGAGACAACAUCCUGUCCCACAAGUGACCUUCAAACAUCAGGGCAGCCCCAUGGAGGGCAGCGCCUCUGUUGACCCUUCUGUGUUGGGGACACUUGUGUCCUCGCUGGGUUUGGCCCCAUUGGGCUCCUUCAGGAAGGUCCACGUCCUCCAUAGAGUUGUGUCAUAUCCCCACUUGCGCGAUGCUUGAUGCUGAAGGAGCUGCUCCGAGGUUUAGAUGGUUAGGCUGGUAGAAAAGGACUAAAAACCCUCAAAUCCCUUCCAAAAACCCUCAGAUCCCUUCCAAAAAUUGUCUUCUGCAUUGCUGGUUCCCCUUUUGCCGGUGGUGACUGGGAGAGCUGGAAGGGGCAGCAUACGUGGGAGAAGGAGAUGUGACGGGAAGCCAUUUUUUGGAGAACCCGCUGCCCACCCAGGCGAGCUCCAGGCAGGCAGGUUUCCCACCAGAGCAGCUGGAAAUACCAAGCUUCUCUCUAAAUUUGCGUUCAAAUUCAUGAAACGAAACCUUCGUGAGGUGGGUUUGCCCUUGUGAGACGUUUGGGUGGAGGUUUUGCCGUGGGCUGCAGCAUCUCUGGACUUUGCUCAUCCCGUCUUUGCUCUUCGUGACCUUUGCAGCUGUGUUGGAGGGAGAAUUUCUUGUCUCUUUAUUUCUCUUGUACGCCCAAAGUUUGCUAGAAAUGGGGGGGAAAUCCCCUUAAUUUGUUUUUAGGUGGUAAAAAAGUUGACUUUGGGGUGGUGGUCCAGAGCAGGAGGGAGACACGGGUGAAGCGGGAGAGUUGACGUUGCAAAGCGACUGUCGCUUUUGUCCUUCCCGACCAUCCAACACUUGAAUUUCUUUAGUUUCCGUAUAAUGGCAGAACUAUCUAUUAUCGAGCACGAGAGGAGCCUCUCCAAGGACUGUGUCUGUCCAGUAAUGACCUUUGGUUGGGUCAACAAGACGUGGUGGCCAUUUGCCACCCUCUGCCGUGGCAACGUUUAGCUCUUAACGCAGCUUUAUCACUCGUUGUCCUGUUGACCAAAGGUGAUACGGUCUCGGGGCAGCGUCGUGGCUGGGACGCGCUUUGGCUCCCGUCCCAUCUGGGUGUCGAAGGUGGAAGAAGGAAAGCUGGAGUUUCACGUGGAUCUCUCUGAUCUCUCCACCAGGCUGGGAAGGUGAAACAAAAGCUGCUGUGAAGUCCACAAGUGAAGGCAGAGGGAUUCCUGGGGCGGAUCCAGCCGGGACCAGCAUCCCAGCAAGGUGAGUGGGACGGAGCUGGUUUUACCCAUGCUCAAAACCCAUGUCCAUCUCCUCCAUCGUGUUUCCCUUCUCACCCUCUGCCUUUUCCCUUCCCCAGAUGGAGAAGGAGGAGGAGACCCGGGAGAUCCUGCUCCCCAACUGGCAGGGCAGCGGCUCCCACGGCAUCACCAUUGACCAGACAGACGACGGGGUCUUCGUCAAGCGAGUGCAGCAAAACUCCCCAGCCGCCAAGAUGGGCGUCGUGAAGGAAGGGGAUCAGAUCGUGAGCGCCACGGUCUAUUUUGACAACCUGCAAUCCGGGGAAGUCACGCAGCUGCUCAACAGCAUGGGCCACCACACGGUGGGCUUGCGCUUGCAACGGAAAGGGGACAAGUCUCCAUUGCCGGGACAGUCAUGGUCACACGACGUCUUUGCGGCCAGCAGCCCAGAAGUCGUUCUGAGCGGGGAUGACGAGGAGUACAGGAGGAUUUACACAACAAAAAUCAAACCCCGGCUGAAGUCGGAGGAGGUGCUGGAAGCGGAGUGUGGUGGGACGCAGAGCAGGACCAUUACGGUCACCAGGAAAGUGACAGCGUACACCGUGGACGUCAGUAGACACGACGGAGCCAAAGAUGUCGAAGUCGUUGGCCCAGACUUUAAAAUCCGGAUCCCGACCCAGGAGAUGACCCACAUGAUGAAGACCGAGGUUGAAGGAGAACCUGGGAAAACUGUGAUCAAAACAGCAGCCGGGGGGGGCAGCCAAGGCACAGACUGGAGCAUGGACAUCAGAGGACCAACGGUUGAAUCUUCUGCCCAGAAGCUGGAUGUCCACGUCGGCGAGGCUCAGUUCGGAAAGGCCGGGAUGACCAUCUCGGGAACGCAAACGAUGGGCAUUGACCCGAGGACUCGGAUGGACCCUCUACUGCUGGAGAGCCAAGUUCCUGCGGGGGAAACUGGAAAAUCUGUUAUGGUGGAGAUGCCAGGACAUGACGUUUCUGGCACGGCAUCCCUGGGCUUGCCCAGGAUUGAAGCAAAUGGACAAAUGGGAAACCUGGACAUGGGUUUUCACGUCAAGGGUCCCAGGCUGGAUGGCAAAGGACAUGUUUCUGGCAUGGAUGUCCACAUGGGGGGGAUGCUGUCACACGCUGAUGGUUCCACCCCUUGUCUUCAAGGAGAUAUCAAAGCCCCUGGAGUUGACGUUUCUUUACCAGCGAUGGAAAAUCCAGCUGUCGAUGUGGGAAAAAUCAAGAUUCCCGUUUUAAAAAUGCCCAAAUUUGGGUUCCCGACUGCAGGAUCUGGCACCGAGGCUCAAGCCCCGCAGGUGGGCGCCGACAUUCCCACUUCAAAGCUGCAGGCUCCAUGUGUGGAUGUUCCCUCCUCAUCCGUCCACGUCAUGGGACCUGAAGUUUCAGCUCCUUCAGUGAAAGGCCCAAAGGUGGACGUGGGGCUGAAGGGUGCUGUGAAGGUUCCCGCCCCAGAACUGGAGGUCCCUGGGGUGGGUAUCAAAGGCCCCAGCGUAGAGGUCCCAGCUUCCGAUGCAGACAUUCAUGGUGGCAAGGGAAUACUCAAAAUGCCACACAUGACCUUUCCGAAAUUCACUGCCUCGGACUCGCAAGGGGAAGGUCCCAUUGUGGAAAUGGUGCUGCCAAAGGGCGAGGUGGGACCGGCAGCAUCCCACGUUGGCGUUCCCGAUGUGGCCAUCAAAGGAGAAUGGAAAGGCCCCAAGUUCAAGAAGGUCGAAACGCCCCAAAUCUCUCUGUCGGAUGUAAACCUGAACCUGAAGGGUGCUCAGGUGAAGGGAGAUGUGGGUGUCACGGUCCCCACGGUGGAAGGGGAUGUCAAAGGACUUGGCUCUAAGGGUCUCAAGAUGGACAUAAAGGCUCCUGACGUUGAAUUUGAAGCUCCGGGAGGUUGCUUGAAAGGGCCCAGCAUUUCUGCGCCAGAGAUGGACAUUCACAUGAAGGGACCUAAGGUUAAGGGAGAAGUGGAUGUUUCUAUCCCAAAGAUGGGCGGCAACCUGAAAGGACCUCAGCUUGACGUUAAAGGCCCCAAACUGGGGAUGGACGUGCCUGACAUCGAUAUCAAAGGCCCCAAAGUUACAAUGCCAGAGGUGCAUGUCAAGACCCCCCAAAUAUCCAUGCCUGACAUCGACCUGAACCUAAAAGGCCCCAAAGUGAAAGGAGACCUGGAUGUUUCUGCCCCAAAACUGGAAGGGGAGCUGAAAGCACCUGGACUUGACAUCAAAGGCCCCAAAGUUGACAUUGAAGCACCAGACGUGGACAUCCACAGUCCAGAAGGGAAACUGAAGAUACCUAAGCUGAAAAUGCCCAAGUUUGGGGUGCCUGGCCUGAAGGGAGAGGGCCCCGACAUCGACGUGACGCUUCCAAAGGGGGAGGUGGGCAUUUCUGGUCCUAAGGUGGAUAUCGAUGUGCCAAGUGUGGACAUCAAAGGGCCAGAAGGAAAACUGAAGGGCCCCAAGGUCUCUGUGCCAGAUGUUGACCUGAACCUGAAAGGCCCCAAACUGAAGGGUGACCUGGAUGUUUCCAUCCCCACCGUAGGAGCUGAUUUGAAGGGUCCUGAACUGGAGCUCAAAGGCCCCAAAGUUGACAUUGAAGCGCCAGACGUGGACAUCCACGGUCCAGAGGGCAAGCUGAAGAUACCUAAGCUGAAAAUGCCCAAGUUUGGGGUGCCUGGCCUGAAGGGAGAGGGCCCCGACAUCGACGUGACGCUUCCAAAGGGGGAGGUGGGCAUUUCUGGUCCUAAGGUGGAUAUCGAUGUUCCAAGUGUGGACAUCAAAGGGCCAGAAGGAAAACUGAAGGGCCCCAAGGUAAAGAUGCCUGAGAUGCACAUCACAGCUCCAAAGGUCUCUGUGCCAGAUGUUGACCUGAACCUGAAGGGCCCCAAGGUCUCUCUGCCAGAUGUUGACCUGAACCUGAAAGGCCCCAAACUGAAGGGUGACCUGGAUGUUUCCAUCCCCACCGUAGGAGCUGAUUUGAAGGGUCCUGAACUGGAGCUCAAAGGCCCCAAAGUUGACAUUGAAGCACCAGACGUGGACAUCCACAGUCCAGAAGGGAAACUGAAGAUACCUAAGCUGAAAAUGCCCAAGUUUGGGGUGCCUGGCCUGAAGGGAGAGGGCCCCGACAUCGACGUGACGCUUCCAAAGGGGGAGGUGGGCAUUUCUGGUCCUAAGGUGGAUAUCGAUGUGCCAAGUGUGGACAUCAAAGGGCCAGAAGGAAAACUGAAGGGCCCCAAGGUAAAGAUGCCUGACAUGAGCUUCAAGACCCCUCAGAUAUCCAUGCCUGACAUCGACCUGAACCUAAAAGGCCCCAAAGUGAAAGGAGACCUGGAUGUUUCUGCCCCAAAACUGGAAGGAGAACUGAAAGCACCUGGACUUGACAUCAAAGGCCCCAAAGUUGACAUUGAAGCACCAGACGUGGACAUCCACGGUCCAGAAGGUAAACUGAAGAUGCCAAAGCUGAAAAUGCCCAAGUUUGGGAUGCCCGGUCUGAAGGGAGAGGGCCCCGACAUCGACGUGACGCUUCCAAAGGGGGAGGUGGGCAUUUCUGGUCCUAAGGUGGAUAUCGAUGUGCCAAGUGUGGACAUUGAAGGGCCAGAAGGAAAAGGGAAAGGUCUCAAAUUUAAAAUGCCUGAACUAAACAUUCAAACCCCCAAACUGUCCAUGCCAGAUGUAGAUCUCAGUUUGAAGGCCCCCAAACUAAAAGGUGAUGCAGAUAUUUCUGGUCUGAAGGCCUCUGGAGAUCUGAAAGGCCCCAAAAUAGAUGUGGAAGGUCCCCAAGUGGAUGUUGAUAUGCCUGAGGUAGACUUGGAAUGUCCAGAAGGGAAAAUAAAAGGCCCCAAAUUUAAGAUGCCUAAGCUUAAUAUCAAGGCACCUAAAAUAUCCAUGCCGGAUGUCGAUUUGAACUUAAAAGGACAUAAAAUUAAAGGAGAGAUGGACAUUGCAGCUCCUAAGAUAGAAGGUGACUUGAAAGGACCAGAAAUAGACAUUAAGGGACCAAAAAUAGAUGUUGAGGUCCCAGAUGUCAACCUGGAGUGCCCAGAAGCCAAACUGAAAACACCGAAAAUCAAAUUGCCUCAUUUCAAUGUGUCCGGCCCGAAGUUUGAGGGAGCCAAUGUAGACGUCAGCCUGCCAAAAGGAGAGAUAGAUAUUUCUGGGCCAGAGGCAGAUAUUGAAGUGCCAGAGAUGGAUGUUGCAGGGCCAGAAGGAAAGUGGAAAGGCCCCAAGUUCAGGAUGCCCAAGCUGAAUAUCAAAACACCUAAAAUAUCCAUGCCAGAUGUUGAUUUGAACCUAAAGGGACCUAAAGUGAAAGGAGAGAUGGAUAUUGCAGCUCCUAAGAUAGAAGGUGAUUUGAAAGGGCCAGAAAUAGACAUCAAGGGACCAAAACUAGAUGUGGAGGCCCCCAGUAUUGAUAUGGAAUGUCCUGAAGGGAAACUGAAAGGCCCCAAGUUCAAGAUGCCUGACAUGCACAUCAAGGCACCCAAGAUCUCCAUGCCUGACGUGGACAUUAAUCUGAAAGGGCCCAGCAUGAAAGGGGACAUUGAAGUCUCAGCUCCCAAGCUGGAGGGUGACCUGAAGGGCCCCGAGGUGGACAUCAAGGGCCCCAAAGUUGACAUCGAGGUACCCGAUGUAGACGUUCAUGGCCCAGAAGGAAAAUUCAAAUUGCCCAAGUUCAAGAUGCCCAAGUUUGGGAUGCCCGGGUUCAAAGCAGAAGGCCCAGAGGUGGAUGUGAACCUGCCGACAGGAAACCUGGAUGUUUCUGCUCCGAAGGUGGACAUUGAGGGUCCAGAGGUGGACAUUGAAGGCCCAGAGGGGAAGCUGAAGGGCCCCAAAUUCAAGAUGCCUGAAAUGCACUUCAAGACACCCAAGAUCUCCAUGCCGGAUGUGGACUUCAAUCUGAAAGGCCCCAAGCUGAAGGGGGAUGUGGAUGUGACUGUCCCCAAGCUGGAAGGUGACCUGAAGGGCCCCGAGAUUGAUAUCAAAGGCCCGAAGGUCGAUGUUGACCUCCCUGACGUUGAGCUGGAAGGGCCAGAGGGGAAGCUGAAGGGCCCCAAGUUCAAGAUGCCCGAGAUGAACAUCAAGGCCCCCAAGUUCUCUAUGCCGGAUGUGGACUUCAAUCUGAAGGGCCCCAAGCUCAAGGGGGAUGUGGACGUGUCUGUCCCCAAGCUGGAAGGUGACCUGAAGGGUCCCGAGGUGGACAUCAAGGGCCCCAAAGUUGACAUCGAGGUACCCGAUGUAGACGUUCAUGGCCCAGAAGGUAAAUUCAAGAUGCCCAAGUUCAAGAUGCCCAAGUUUGGGAUGCCCGGGUUCAAAGCAGAAGGCCCAGAGGUGGAUGUGAACCUGCCGACAGGAAACCUGGAUGUUUCUGCUCCGAAGGUGGACAUUGAGGGUCCAGAGGUGGACAUUGAAGACCCAGAGGGGAAGCUGAAGGGCCCCAAGUUCAAGAUGCCUGAGAUGCACUUCAAGACACCCAAGAUCUCCAUGCCUGACAUCGACUUGAACCUGAAGGGCCCCAAAGUGAAGGGGGAUGUGGAUGUGACUGUCCCCAAGCUGGAAGGUGACCUGAAGGGCCCCGAGAUUGAUAUCAAAGGCCCCAAGGUCGAUGUUGGCCUCCCUGACGUUGAGCUGGAAGGGCCGGAGGGGAAGCUGAAGGGCCCCAAGUUCAAGAUGCCCGAGAUGAACAUCAAGGCCCCCAAGUUCUCCAUGCCGGAUGUGGACUUCAAUCUGAAGGGGCCCAAGCUGAAGGGGGAUGUGGACGUGUCUGUCCCCAAGCUGGAGGGUGAUCUGAAGGGCCCCGAGGUGGACAUCAAGGGCCCCAAAGUUGACAUUGAGGUACCCGAUGUAGACGUUCAUGGCCCAGAAGGUAAAUUCAAGAUGCCCAAGUUCAAGAUGCCCAAGUUUGGGAUGCCCGGGUUCAAAGCAGAAGGCCCAGAGGUGGAUGUGAACCUGCCGACAGGAAACCUGGAUGUUUCUGCUCCGAAGGUGGACAUUGAGGGUCCAGAGGUGGACAUUGAAGGCCCAGAGGGGAAGCUGAAGGGCCCCAAAUUCAAGAUGCCCGAGAUGCACUUUAAGACACCCAAGAUCUCCAUGCCUGACAUCGACUUGAACCUGAAGGGCCCGAAGCUGAAGGGGGAUGUGGAUGUGACUGUCCCCAAGCUGGAAGGUGACCUGAAGGGCCCCGAGAUUGAUAUCAAAGGCCCGAAGGUCGAUGUUGACCUCCCUGACGUUGAGCUGGAAGGGCCGGAGGGGAAGCUGAAGGGCCCCAAGUUCAAGAUGCCCGAGAUGAACAUCAAGGCCCCCAAGUUCUCCAUGCCAGAUGUGGACUUCAAUCUGAAGGGCCCCAAGCUGAAGGGGGAUGUGGAUGUGUCUGUCCCCAAGCUGGAGGGUGAUCUGAAGGGUCCCGAGGUGGACAUCAAGGGCCCCAAAGUUGACAUUGAGGCACCUGACGUCGACAUUCACGGCCCAGAAGGUAAAUUCAAGAUGCCCAAGUUCAAGAUGCCCAAGUUUGGGAUGCCCGGGUUCAAAGCAGAAGGCCCAGAGGUGGACGUGAACCUGCCGACAGGAAACCUGGAUGUUUCUGCUCCGAAGGUGGACAUUGAGGGUCCAGAGGUGGAUAUUGAAGGCCCAGAGGGGAAGCUGAAGGGCCCCAAGUUCAAGAUGCCCGAGAUGAACAUCAAGGCCCCCAAGAUCUCCAUGCCUGACAUCGACUUGAACCUGAAGGGCCCCAAGCUGAAGGGGGAUGUGGAUGUGUCUGUCCCCAAACUGGAAGGUGACCUGAAGGGUCCCGAGGUGGACAUCAAGGGCCCCAAAGUUGACAUUGAGGCACCCGAUGUAGAUCUUCAUGGCCCAGAAGGUAAAUUCAAGAUGCCCAAGUUCAAGAUGCCCAAGUUUGGGAUGCCCGGGUUCAAAGCAGAAGGCCCAGAGGUGGAUGUGAACCUCCCAAAAGGAGAUAUUGAUGUUUCUGCUCCAAAGGUUGAUAUUGAGUUGCCCAAUGUGGACAUUGAGGGUCCUGAAGGAAAAGUUAAAGGCCCCAAGUUCAAGAUGCCCGAGAUGCAAAUCAAGGCCCCCAAGAUCUCCAUGCCUGACAUUGACUUGAACCUGAAAGGCCCCAAAGUGAAGGGGGGUGUGGAUGUUUCUGUUCCAAAAUUAGAGGGUGACUUGAAGGGACCCGACAUGAGUAUUAAAGGUCUGAAGUUGGAUGUUGAUGUUCCUGAUAUUGAUGUCGAAGGUCCUGACGGAAAAUGGAAAGGACCCAAGCUAAAAAUGCCCGAUAUGCAUAUUAAAGCACCUAAACUUUCUAUGCCUGAUGUAGACCUCAACUUGAAAGGUCUCAAAGUGAAGGGAGAGAUGGAUGUUUCUGUACCCAAAAUAGAGGGCGAUGUGAAAGGACCGGAUCUGGAACUGAAAGGGCCCAAAGUGGACAUAGAGGCUCCAGAUGUUGGACUGGAGUGUCCAGAAGGGAAGUUAAAGGGUCCCAAAUUUAAGAUGCCCGACAUGCACUUCAAAGCCCCCAAGAUCUCCAUGCCAGACUUCGACCUCAACCUGAAAGGCCCCAAAGUCAAGGGGGAUGUGGACGUUUCUCUUCCAAAAAUGGAGGGGGAUUUGAAAGGCCCAGAUGUUGACAUCAAAGGCCCCAAACUGGAUGUGAAUGUGCCCGAUGUUGACCUAGAGUGUCCAGAUGCAAAGGUUAAAGGCCCCAAGUUCAAGAUGCCUGAAAUGCACUUCAAGACACCAAAAAUCUCCAUGCCCGACAUAGAUUUGAACCUCAAGGGUCCGAAGUUGAAGGGAGAUGUGGAUGUUUCUCUCCCCAAACUAGAGGGUGACUUGAAAGGCCCCGAGAUAGACAUCAAAGGUCCUAAACUGGACAUAGAAGCUCCUGAUGUGGAUAUUGAGGUCCCAGAGGGGAAGUUGAAAGGCCCCAAAUUUAAGAUGCCUGAGAUGCACUUCAAAACCCCCAAGAUCUCCAUGCCGGACUUUGAUCUGAACCUCAAAGGCCCAAAAGGAAAGGGGGAUGUGGAUGUCUCCAUUCCCAAGUUAGAAGGUGACCUGAAAGGGCCUGAGGUUACAGUAAAGGCCCCGAAAGUGGACAUAGAGGCUCCAGAUGUUGGGCUGGAAUGUCCAGAAGGGAAGUUAAAGGGUCCCAAAUUUAAGAUGCCCGACAUGCACUUCAAAGCCCCCAAGAUCUCCAUGCCAGACUUCGACCUCAACCUGAAAGGCCCCAAAGUCAAGGGGGAUGUGGACGUUUCUCUUCCAAAAAUGGAGGGGGAUUUGAAAGGCCCAGAUGUUGACAUCAAAGGCCCCAAACUGGAUGUGAAUGUGCCCGAUGUUGACCUAGAGUGUCCAGAUGCAAAGGUUAAAGGCCCCAAGUUCAAGAUGCCCGAGAUGCACUUCAAGACACCCAAGAUCUCCAUGCCUGACAUCGACUUGAACCUGAAGGGCCCCAAGCUGAAGGGGGAUGUGGAUGUGUCUGUCCCCAAGCUGGAAGGUGACCUGAAGGGCCCCGAGAUUGAUAUCAAAGGCCCGAAGGUUGAUGUUGAUCUCCCUGACGUUGAGCUGGAAGGGCCAGAGGGGAAGCUGAAGGGCCCCAAGUUCAAGAUGCCCGAGAUGAACAUCAAGGCCCCCAAGUUCUCCAUGCCAGAUGUGGACUUCAACCUGAAGGGCCCCAAAGUGAAGGGGGAUCUGGACGUGUCUGUCCCCAAACUGGAAGGUGACCUGAAGGGUCCUGAGGUGGACAUCAAGGGCCCCAAAGUUGACAUUGAGGCACCCGAUGUGGACAUUCAUGGCCCAGAAGGUAAAUUCAAGAUGCCCAAGUUCAAGAUGCCCAAGUUUGGGAUGCCCGGGUUCAAAGCAGAAGGCCCAGAGGUGGAUGUGAACCUGCCGACAGGAAACCUGGAUGUUUCUGCUCCGAAGGUGGACAUUGAGGGUCCAGAAGUGGACAUUGAAGGCCCAGAAGGGAAGCUGAAGGGCCCCAAAUUCAAGAUGCCUGAGAUGCACAUCAAGGCCCCCAAGAUCUCCAUGCCUGACAUCGACUUGAACCUGAAGGGCCCCAAAGUGAAGGGGGAUGUGGAUGUGUCUGUCCCCAAGCUGGAGGGUGAUCUGAAGGGUCCUGAGGUGGACAUCAAGGGCCCCAAAGUUGACAUUGAGGCACCUGAUGUGGACAUUCACGGCCCAGAAGGUAAAUUCAAGAUGCCCAAGUUCAAGAUGCCCAAGUUUGGGAUGCCCGGGUUCAAAGCAGAAGGCCCAGAGGUGGACGUGAACCUGCCGACAGGAAACCUGGAUGUUUCUGCUCCGAAGGUGGACAUUGAGGGUCCAGAGGUGGACAUUGAAGGCCCAGAGGGGAAGCUGAAGGGCCCCAAGUUCAAGAUGCCCGAGAUGCACUUCAAGGCACCCAAGAUCUCCAUGCCUGACAUCGACUUGAACCUGAAGGGCCCGAAGCUGAAGGGGGAUGUGGAUGUGUCUGUCCCCAAGCUGGAAGGUGACCUGAAGGGCCCCGAGAUUGAUAUCAAAGGCCCCAAGGUCGAUGUUGACCUCCCUGACGUUGAGCUGGAAGGGCCGGAGGGGAAGCUGAAGGGCCCCAAGUUCAAGAUGCCCGAGAUGAACAUCAAGGCCCCCAAGUUCUCCAUGCCGGAUGUGGACUUCAAUCUGAAGGGGCCCAAGCUGAAGGGGGAUGUGGAUGUGACUGUCCCCAAGCUGGAAGGUGACCUGAAGGGUCCCGAGAUUGAUAUCAAAGGCCCCAAGGUCGAUGUUGACCUCCCUGACGUUGAGCUGGAAGGGCCGGAGGGGAAGCUGAAGGGCCCCAAGUUCAAGAUGCCCGAGAUGAACAUCAAGGCCCCCAAGUUCUCCAUGCCGGAUGUGGACUUCAAUCUGAAGGGCCCCAAGCUGAAGGGGGAUGUGGAUGUGUCUGUCCCCAAGCUGGAAGGUGACCUGAAGGGCCCCGAGGUGGACAUCAAGGGCCCCAAAGUUGACAUUGAGGCACCCGAUGUGGACAUUCAUGGCCCAGAAGGUAAAUUCAAGAUGCCCAAGUUCAAGAUGCCCAAGUUUGGGAUGCCCGGGUUCAAAGCAGAAGGCCCAGAGGUGGAUGUGAACCUGCCGACAGGAAACCUGGAUGUUUCUGCUCCGAAGGUGGACAUUGAGGGUCCAGAGGUGGACAUUGAAGGCCCAGAAGGGAAGCUGAAGGGCCCCAAGUUCAAGAUGCCCGAGAUGCACUUCAAGACACCCAAGAUCUCCAUGCCGGAUGUGGACUUCAAUCUGAAGGGCCCCAAGCUGAAGGGGGAUGUGGAUGUGACUGUCCCCAAGCUGGAAGGUGACCUGAAGGGCCCCGAGAUUGAUAUCAAAGGCCCCAAGGUCGAUGUUGACCUCCCUGACGUUGAGCUGGAAGGGCCGGAGGGGAAGCUGAAGGGCCCCAAGUUCAAGAUGCCCGAGAUGAACAUCAAGGCCCCCAAGUUCUCCAUGCCGGAUGUGGACUUCAAUCUGAAGGGCCCCAAGCUGAAGGGGGAUGUGGACGUGUCUGUCCCCAAGCUGGAAGGUGACCUGAAGGGUCCCGAGGUGGACAUCAAGGGCCCCAAAGUUGACAUUGAGGCACCUGACGUCGACAUUCACGGCCCAGAAGGUAAAGUAAAAUUGCCCAAGUUCAAGAUGCCCAAGUUUGGGGUGCCCGGGUUCAAAGCAGAAGGCCCAGAGGUGGACGUGAACCUGCCGACAGGAAACCUGGAUGUUUCUGCUCCGAAGGUGGACAUUGAGGGUCCAGAGGUGGACAUUGAAGGCCCAGAGGGGAAGCUGAAGGGCCCCAAAUUCAAGAUGCCUGAGAUGCACAUCAAGGCCCCCAAGUUCUCCAUGCCGGAUGUGGACUUCAAUCUGAAGGGCCCCAAAGCGAAGGGGGAUGUGGAUGUGUCUGUCCCCAAACUGGAAGGUGACCUGAAGGGUCCCGAGGUGGACAUCAAGGGCCCCAAAGUUGACAUUGAGGCACCCGACAUGGACAUUCAUGGGCCGGAAGGUAAAAUCAAAAUGCCCAAGUUCAAGAUGCCCAAGUUUGGGGUGCCGGGUUUGAAAGCAGAAGGCCCAGAAGUUGACAUUAAUCUACCUGAAGCCGAUGUUGCUAUUUCAGGUCCAAAGGUUGAUGUUAAUGUUCCUGAUCUGGACAUUGAAGGCCCGGAAGGAAAACUUAAGGGCCCUAAAUUUAAGAAACCAGAAUUGCAGUUCAAUGUUCCUAAAAUCUCUAUGCCAGAUAUCGACUUAAAUUUGAAAGGUCCAAAGCUGAAAGCUGAUGUUGAUCCUUCUCUUCCCAAAAUAGAGGGCGAGCUGAAAAGUCCUAAACUAGACAUCAAAGGGCCAGAACUUGAGGUCGAGGGACCCAAGCUUGAUCUUGAGGGAAAGGCUAAAAAAUCCAGGUUUAAACUUCCGAAAUUUGGCUUUUCUGGUCCUAAAGUGCAAAGCCCAGAUGUGGAUGUGAAACUUAAAAAACCUGACAUUGAAGUAUCUGGUCCAAAAGUUGAUGUUCCCGCUCCAGAUGUGGACAUUCAGGCAAAAUCAAAAGGGUCAAAAUUUAAAAUGCCUUUCCUGAGUAUUUCAUCGCCCAAAGUUUCAAUGCCGGACGUGGAGUUAAAUCUGAAAGGCCAUAAACUGAAAGGAGAGUUAGAUGUUUCCAGCCCCAAGUUGGAAGGGGAACUGAAAGGUCCUGAGGUGGACAUCAAGGGCCCCAAAGUCAACAUCGAAGCACCCGACGUGGACAUUCAUGGGCCGGAGGGUAAAAUCAAAAUGCCCAAGUUCAAAAUGCCAAAAUUUGGUGUGUCUGGGGUGAAGGCUGAGGGGCCAGAGGUGGACCUUAGCAUUCCGAAAGGAGAGCUGGAUGUUUCGGGUCCCAAGCUGGAUAUGGAAGGUGCCAGUUUGGAAAUUGAAGGGCCAGAGGGGAAGUUCAGGGGCCCCCAGUUCAAGAUGCCAGAAAUGAACAUCAAAGCACCCAAGAUCUCCAUGCCCGACAUUGACCUGAACCUGAAAGGCCCCAAAGCAAAGGCAGAUGUGGAUGUCUCUCUUCCUCAGGUGGAUCUGAAGGGCUCAGAUUUGCAUGUGAAAGGACCAAAAGUGGAUGUAGAGGGUCCCGAUCUUGACCUUGAAGGUCCCAAAGGGAAACUGAAAGGCCCCAAGUUUAAAAUGCCUGAAAUGAAUAUCAAGGUGCCCAAUAUUUCCGUGCCAGACUUCGAUUUGAAUUUGAAAGGUCCCAAGUCAAAAGGAGGAGUGGACGUUGAUCUUUCGGUGACAAAACCGGAAGGGGACUUGAGUGUGCCAGAUGUCAAUAUCAAAGGACCAAAGGUCGACAUUGAUGCACCCGAGCUGGAUGUUGAAGGGCCAGAAGGAAAGCUGAAAGGUCCCAAGUUCAAAAUGCCAGAGAUGCACAUCAAGGCACCCAAAAUCUCAAUGCCUGAUGCCAGCUUAAACCUCAAAGGUCCCAAGCUGAAAGGAGACAUAGACAUUUCUGCUCCAAAGUUAGAAGGGGAUUUGAAGGCUCCUGACAUCAAUAUUGGAGGCCCCAAGGUUGACAUUGAGGCACCUGAUGUGGACAUUCACGGCCCAGAAGGUAAAUUCAAAAUGCCCAAGUUCAAGAUGCCCAAGUUUGGGAUGCCCGGGUUCAAAGCAGAAGGCCCAGAGGUGGACGUGAACCUGCCGACAGGAAACCUGGAUGUUUCUGCUCCGAAGGUGGACAUUGAGGGUCCAGAGGUGGACAUUGAAGGCCCAGAGGGGAAGCUGAAGGGCCCCAAGUUCAAGAUGCCUGAGAUGCACAUCAAGGCACCCAAGAUCUCCAUGCCUGACAUCGACUUGAACCUGAAGGGCCCCAAGCUGAAGGGGGAUGUGGAUGUGUCUGUUCCCAAGCUGGAAGGUGACCUGAAGGGUCCUGACCUGGAUAUAAAAGGGCCCAAAGUAGACAUAGAUGUUCCUGAUGUGGAGAUUGAAGGACCAGAAGGAAAAUUGAAAGGCCCCAAACUGAAGAUGCCAGAGAUGCAUUUUAAGGCUCCUAAAAUCUCCAUGCCAGACUUCGAUCUGAACCUGAAAGGCCCGAAAGUGAAGGGGGAUGUGGAUGUGUCGAUGCCGUGUGUGGAAGGUGAUCUGAAAGGGCCAAAAGUUGAUGUUAAAGGUCCUGAGAUGGACAUCAGUGCCCCAGAUGUUCAAAUCGAGGGCCCAGAAGGCAAUCUAAAGGGUCCCAAAUUUAAGAUGCCCGAGAUGCACUUCAAAGCCCCCAAGAUCUCCAUGCCAGACUUCGACCUCAACCUGAAAGGCCCCAAAGUCAAGGGGGAUGUGGACGUUUCUCUUCCAAAAAUGGAGGGGGAUUUGAAAGGCCCAGAUGUUGACAUCAAAGGCCCCAAACUGGAUGUAGACCUUCCCGAUGUGGAGCUGGAAGGUCCUGAAGGGAAGGUGAAGGGCCCCAAGUUCAAGAUGCCCGAGAUGCACUUCAAAACACCCAAGAUCUCCAUGCCUGACAUCGACUUGAACCUGAAGGGCCCCAAGCUGAAGGGGGAUGUGGAUGUGUCUGUCCCCAAGCUGGAAGGUGACCUGAAGGGCCCCGAGAUUGAUAUCAAAGGCCCGAAGGUCGAUGUUGACCUCCCUGACGUUGAGCUGGAAGGGCCAGAGGGGAAGCUGAAGGGCCCCAAGUUCAAGAUGCCUGAGAUGAACAUCAAGGCCCCCAAGUUCUCCAUGCCGGAUGUGGACUUCAAUCUGAAGGGCCCCAAGCUGAAGGGGGAUGUGGAUGUGUCUGUCCCCAAGCUGGAGGGUGAUCUGAAGGGCCCCGAGGUGGACAUCAAGGGCCCCAAAGUUGACAUCGAGGUACCCGAUGUAGACGUUCAUGGCCCAGAAGGUAAAUUCAAGAUGCCCAAGUUCAAGAUGCCCAAGUUUGGGAUGCCUGGGUUCAAAGCAGAAGGCCCAGAGGUGGACGUGAACCUCCCAAAAGGAGAUAUUGAUGUUUCAGGUCCAAAGGUUGAUAUUGAGUUGCCCAAUGUGGACAUUGAGGGUCCUGAAGGAAAAGUUAAAGGCCCCAAGUUCAAGAUGCCAGAGAUGCAAAUCAAGGCCCCCAAGAUCUCCAUGCCUGACAUUGACUUGAACCUGAAAGGCCCCAAAGUGAAGGGGGGUGUGGAAGUUUCUGCACCUGAUCUGGAAGGCCCUAAGAUCGAGAUUGAGGCCCCUGACAUGGACAUCAAAGGCCCCGAAGGGAAGCUGGAGGGCCCCAAGUUCAAGAUGCCCGAGAUGCACAUCAAGGCUCCGCAAAUCUCCACGCCAGACUUUGAUCUGAACCUGAAAGGCCCCAAAGUGAAAGGAGACGUUGACAUGACACUGUCAGGGGCAGAAUGUGAGCUGAAAGGUCCCGAGGUCAAUAUUGGCUCUCCUAAAUUAGACAUAGGUGCCCCUGAUAUCCAUAUUGACAGUCCGGAGGGUAAAUUCAAGCUGCCUAAAUUCAAAAUGCCCAAAUUUUCCAUGCCCGGCUUUAAAGGGGAGGGGGUAGAUGUGGACGUGAACCUCCCAAAGGGAGACAUUGACAUUUCGGGCCCCAGCAUUGAUGUAGAGGCUCCCGAUCUGAACGCGGAUGGAAAAGUCAAAGGUCCCAAAUUUACGAUGCCCGAAAUGCACAUUAAGGCUCCCAAGAUCUCCCUCCCCGAUGUCGACUUCAACAUCAAGGGGCCUCAACUGAAAGGGGAUGUAGAUAUUUCUGGACCCAGGCUUGAAGGUGAUUUGAAAGCACCCCAAAUUAAUGUGAAAGCCCCCAAAAUAGAUGUUGACGUUCCCAAUGUGACCAUCGAAGGGCCAGAAGGGAAACUCAAAGGCCCAAAAUUCAAGAUGCCAGAAAUGCACAUCAAAGCACCCAAGUUCUCUAUGCCCGAUGUUGACUUUAAUUUGAAAGGCCCCAAGCUGAAGGGAGACGUGGACGUCUCGGCACCGAAGCUGGAAGGGGAUUUGCAGUGCCCAGAUGUUGACAUCAAAGGCCCCAAGUUGGACAUUCAGGCACCUGAUGUGAACAUCGAAGGGCCGGAAGGAAAACUGAAAGGCCCGAGGAUCAAGAUGCCGGAAAUGCACAUCAAGACCCCCCAGAUCUCCAUGCCGGACAUAGACCUGAACCUCAAGGGGCUGAGGCUGAAAGGAGAUGCUGACCUUCAGGGCCCCAAGCUCGAGGGAGGUCUGAAGGGUCCUGAAGUUGACAUUAAAGGCCCCAAAGUAGAUAUCCAGGGCCCAGAAGUUGACAUUGAUGGUCUGGAGGGAAAAGUGAAGAUGCCCAAAAUGAAGCUGCCCAAGUUUGGCUUUAAAGGCGAAGGUCCUGACGUGGACGUGAACCUGCCAAAGACUGAGGUCGACCUUUCAGGUCCCAAGGUUGAUAUCAGUGUCCCAGAUGUCAGCGUCGAAGGUCCAGAGGGAAAACUGAAAGGUCCUAAACUGAAGAUGCCGGAAAUGCACAUGAGUGUUCCUAAGAUCUCAAUGCCUGAGAUAGACUUGAAUUUGAAAGGUCACAAAACGAAGGGAGGCUUUGACAUUUCCACCCCCAAGAUAGAAGGGAACCUGAAAGGUCCUGAAGUUGAUAUCAAAGGCCCGGAAUUUGGAGUCAAAGGCCCUGAAGUUGACGUUGAAUGUCCUGACCUCAACAUUGAAGGCCCAGAGGCAAACGUCAAACUCCCCAAGUUUAAGAAACCAAAGUUUGGGUUUGGGAUGAAAAGCCCGAGGGCAGAAAUCAAGGUCCCGGGGGCAGAAGUGGAUUUGCCUGAGGCAGAGCUGAAUGUGGAGGCGCCGGACGUCAACAUUGCAGCAAAGGGUAAGAAGAGCAAGUUCAAGAUGCCGAAACUUCACGUGAGCGGCCCUAAAGUGAAAGGCAAGAAAGGUGGGUUUGAUGUGAACGUGGCUGGUGGGGAGCUCGAUGCGAACGUGAAAUCUCCCGACCUGGAUGUGAACGUUGCUGGUCCGGACGUGACGAUAAAAGGUGAUGCUACGGUGAAGUCUCCCAAAGGGAAGAAACCCAUGUUUGGGAAAAUCUCCUUCCCAGACGUUGAAUUCGAUCUUAAAUCGCACAGAUUCCGGGGGGACGCUUCUGUGGCCGUCCCAAAACUAGAGGGGGAACUUCCCAGCGUGCAGAUGGGUGCAGGGGACUUGAAAAUUGAGGGUGACCUGAAAGGCCCCGCCAUUGACGUCGCCGUUCCCUCGAUCCCGGUGCCAGACAUCGAUUUGAACGUGAAAGGACCAAAAGUAAAAGGGGAAGUCAGCGUUCCUGGAGCAGAACUGGAAGAUCCCGAAGGAAAGUUGAAAUUGCCCAAGGUGGGGAAAAUGGGUCUUGGCCUGGAAAUGCCAGAUGCAAACUUGGAUAUCUCGGCCCCAGCCAUGGAAGGAAGCCUGAGCCUCCCUUCAGCUGACGUGAACCUCGGAGGUGUGGAUGUAAAGCUCAAAGGGCCCCAAAUCUCAGGACCCGAUUUUGAUGGAAACCUGAAAGGACCAAAAAUAAAGGGAGAUCUGCACGUUUUGAAUUCUGUGGAAGGGCCAAACGGCAGCCUGGACGCACCGGGCAUUGACCUCGGAGGCUUGGGAGGAAAGCUGAAGCUGCCAAAGUUGAAGUCCCCCACGAUGGAGGGACCCGAUCUGAGCGUGAGAGGAGGCGUCGACUGCUCCAUCCCGCAAGUGGAGGUGGAUGCGAAAGCCCCGGGUGCGAAUCUCCAUCUCGGCACUCCAGGCAUCGAUAUCAAAGGGCCCUCGGUGGACGUUUCUGCUCCGGAUUUGGAUGUAAACCUGAAAGGACCAAAGUUGAAAGGCGAUCUCGAUGUUUCUGCUGGGGUCAAAGCCCCCAAAGCUUCAGUGGACACCCCCGAUGUCGGCUUUGAAGUUCUGGGUGGCACGAUCAAGCUCCCGUCCCUCAAACUCCCUCAGUUUGGUAUUUCCAGCCCUGGUGUGGACGGGGCUGAUGGGGGUGUCAGUCUUGAAGGCCCCCAAGUGAAAGGAGGCCUGAAGGGCUCAGGGGCUGGUGUUGGGUUGGAAGGACCCGAUGUAGAAUUGAAAGGGCCUAAAUUUCAAAUGCAAUCACCCAGCGUGUCCUUGCCGGAUGUUGACCUGAAGCUGAAAGGACCAAAUCUACGGGGCGAGGCAGAUGUUGCCGGUGACCUCAAAGGCCCAAAAGUCAACGUGGAAGCGCCUCACGUCAACCUUAAAGAGCCUGGAGCGGGCGUCCACCUCGACGCUCCUGCCUUGGACGCGUCUGCGCUGAAAGUUUCUGGGUCGGGUUUUAACGUCAAUGUGAAAGGGCCGAAGGUCAAAGGUGGCGCCACCAUCUCUGGAGAGGCGGCCAGUGCCGGCGGCGGAGCUCUUCGCCCUACUGGCCCAAAGGUGGGAAUCAGUGGCCCCAGCAUCACUGUGGGAGUCCCGGAAAGUGGUGGGGGAAAAGUGUCGUUCCCCAAGCUGCGAAUGCCAAAAUUCGUGUUUUCAGACCCGGAGGUGAAGGGCAGAGAGAUGGGAGUCGACGUUGAGUUCCCCGGGGCCGACGCCAACCUCCCAGCUGGCACCGCUGACCUCGAGCCGGAGGAUGCCGACGUCCGGCUGAAGAAAUCCAAAAUCAAAAUGCCCAAAUUCAAUUUUUCCAAGGCCAAAGGGAAGAGCGGCGUCACCUUGAGCUCCCCGGAGGUUUCCGGGUCCGUUUCGGGAUCCAAAGGUGACCUGAAGAGCUCCAAAGUCAGCUUGGGGUCGGCGGAAGGCGAGCUGGAAGGUGAGGGUCCCUCGGCCAAAGGGAAGUUCUCCCUCUUCAAGAGCAGGAAGACCCGCCAUCGGUCGUCGUCCUUCAGCGACGAGCGUUCGUCCCACUCCACGGGGACCCUGGAGCUGGACGUCACCUCGGGGGCCGAGAAGGGCAAACAGGGCAAAAUAAAAUUCGGGACGUUUGGGGGGAUUGGUUCCAAAACCAAAGGUUGUUACGAGGUGACGGGCAGCGACGAGGAGACGGGGAAGGCACAGGGCAGCGGGGGCUCGAUGGCGGCCAAAAAAUCCCCCCGUUCCUCUUCCUCCAGCACCGAUAGCGGGACGAAGGGCGGCUUCCGCAUGCCCGGGGUGGAGCUGACGGUGGCCAAGAAGAAGGAGUAGCUGUAAAUAGGUGCCUCUGUAUAUAAACAGCAGUUCCCGGGUCUGUAUAUACAUUUUUUUUUUAUUAUUUCUUUUUUUUUUUUUGGUGGGGGGGGGAUGGGGCGGGCACUCGGGCUACUUUCAACCUCGGCCAGGGGGGGUCCAGCCUCGGGGAAGCUUCUCCGCGCUCGAGCCUUCGACUUUGUGCAUGAACCGCUGAGAGCUUAAGUUUACUAGCAGGCUAUUUUUGAUAAUAUAUAAUUUUUUGUUGUU